CUGCUUGAGAAAUAAUUUUGUGUUAGAUCAUAGACUCUGUGGAAUAGAAUUGGGUUUCUUAUCUAUGCAUCUUAGAUCUUAGUAAUGAUAUACUUUAAUCAAAAUGUGGAUUAGUUGAGGAGAUUUCAGAUAAAUGAACUUAGUCUCAUAAAUCACGUUUGUAAUAAAUUACCUCUAGGAUAAAAUCAUACAUUCAACCACCAUGGCCAGAAAUGAAGUUUCGUAUUUAUUAUUAGUAUCGAAUACGUUAAGUAUUAUAACAAUUUCAACAUGUUUUGUUUUGAAAAUUCCCCAAAUCAUUAGAAUUUUGAAACUGAAAAAUGCAUAUGGUGUCAGUCUCAUAGGACUUUUAAUGGAAUUAAUGAGCUAUACAAUAAUGAUGUCAUAUAACUAUAGAAAUGGUUAUGCCAUACUGUCCUACAUGGAAUAUCCAAUUAUUCUUUUUCAAGAAUUAAUAUUAAUUCUUUGUGUUAUGCAUUACAAAAGAUGUUUAAAUAUUUAUGGUUUAUUUGGCUCUAUGUGCUAUUUUUGCUUCGCCAUUGGUUUGUUGCUUGUUGUUCCGAAAGGAAUUCUCACUUUUCUUGUGCCACUAUGCACUCCAGUAGGGGCAUCAUCUAAAGUUAUUCAGUUGAUAGAAAUACUCAGAACCAAGAAUUCAGAAUCAGUCAGCCUUCUUACUUGGUUUAUAUCAGCAUUCACUAAUUUUACAAGAAUAUUCACUAUUAUUGUAGAUUCUGCCGAUGCAGCCUUACUAUUAAAUUUCUCUAUAAAUGUGUUUUUGAGUUCAUCUGUAAUGAUAGCUGCAUAUCUCUUCAAACCAUCCAAGGUGAAGAAGGAACAUCAAUCCUAAAGAAAAUAUGAGUUCUACUAGAUCAGUGAUAUAGAAAUAAAUUGAUUGUUUUACUUAAUGAAGACAUUUUUAUGCCAAAAGUUAGAUGUAACUAAAUGUAAAAUAGAUCUCAACAAUUCUAUGGGAAAUUAUUGAAUUUAAAUAAUAAAUAUGUAUAUGAGGCCAUUAAGUCCUUCAGCCCAAUGAUUUAAAUAAUAUAAUUGAAUAGACAAUAUAUUGCUUGUUGUGGGUCUGAAAACUUUUAUUAUCCACUUGUAUAUUUGGAAAAUGAAUUUUUAAUAUCCAGUUAUCUGAUGACAAUAAAAGCGAAGGAUUAUUUUCCAUUGAUAUGAAUUUUGAUUAACAGGGACUUAUCUGAAACAUAAUGAUUUUAUGCAUCUUUUAUGAUCUAUAUCAUCUAUAUAAUGCCAUCAAUUUCAAUGGAUUUAGUCUUGUUUUUAUUGAACAUUUCACGAAUAUUUUUAUUGUAAUUGAGUAAUAAUUAAAAAUAUUUUUACAAUA